CAUCCCAAACAAGAACAUAAGUUAACCUGCAAUUGCUUAUUGCUCAAGGAUCCUUCCUUCUUUCCUUCUCAUAAAGACUUGAACUUUACUUCUUUGAAGAAGAAGAAGAAGAAGAUGAACGAAGUAGAUGUCUCUAAGCAGAUACAGCAGAUGGUCAGAUUCAUUCGCCAAGAAGCCGAAGAGAAAUCCAACGAGAUCUCUCUAUCUGCUGAGGAGGAAUUCAACAUUGAGAAGUUGCAACUAGUUGAGGCCGAAAAGAAAAAAGUUCGUCAAGAGUAUGAAAAGAAGACAAAACAAGUGGAAGUUCGUAAGAAAAUUGAGUACUCGAUGCAGCUGAAUGCAACACGCAUUAAAGUUCUUCAGGCACAAGAUGAUAUGGUUAAUUCCAUGGAAGAUUCUGCCAGCAAGGAACUUUUGCUUACUGCUAAUGACGAUAAUGCCUACAAGGAGCUCCUCAAAGGCUUGAUUAUUCAGAGUUUACUGCGGUUGAAGGAGCCAUCAGUUUUGUUGCGGUGUAGAGAGAUCGAUGCUGAUCUGGUGGACUCUGUUUUGGAUGAAGCAAAGGAAGAGUAUGCUGACAAAGAAAAUGUAGCUGUUCCUGUUAUUACAGUUGACAAACGUAUAUAUCUCCCUCCACCUCCGAAAACUGCAGAUUCACAUGAACCUUCUUGUGCGGGAGGAGUGGUCCUAGCUUCUCAAGAUGGAAAGAUCGUCUUUGAGAACACACUUGACGCUCGUUUAGAUGUUGUUUUCCGUAACAAACUGCCCGAGAUCCGCAAACACCUCCUAGGAAAAGGCACGGCUUGAUCAUGAUCAUAAGAGAUUGUUCUGACCUUAACAACGCAUUGGAGGUGUGGAGUUUCGAUCAUCUUCUAUUAGAUUUUUUUCGUUUUUCUGUGUGAAAUCAAUCUUAUAUACAUGAGUUGUGUUGUGAUGAAAAUAAAUAUGGUAUUGUCCAGAGAAGUGACUCUUCACUGGUUGUCUCAAUUUGCAAUAUACUGAAUUUUAUGGUUCA